AUGAUGGCAGGAAUGAAAAUCCAGCUGCUGUGCGUGAUGCUCCUGGCUUUCAGCUCCUGGAGUCUGUGCUCAGAUUCGGAAGAGGAAAUGAAAGCGUUAGAAACAGAUUUAUUGACCAAUAUGCAUACAUCAAAGAUCAGUAAGGCAAGUGUUCCCUCUUGGAAAAUGAGCCUGCUGAAUGUCUGCAGUCUUAUAAAUAACCUGAACAGCCAAGCCGAGGAACCAGGAGAGUUUCAUGAGGAGGAGCUCAUUACAAGAAGGAAAUUUCCUGCUGCCUUAGAUGGCUUUAGCUUGGAAGCAAUGUUGACGAUAUAUCAGCUCCGAAAAAUCUGUCACAGCAGGGCCUUUCAACACUGGGAGUUGAUUCAGGAAGACAUUCUUGAUGCUGGAAAUGACAAAAAUGAAAAGGAAGAAGUGAUAAAGAGAAAAAUUCCUUACAUUCUGAAACGGCAGCUGUAUGAGAAUAAACCCAGAAGACCCUACAUACUCAAAAGAGGUUCUUACUACUACUGA